AAUAGGGCAAUUCAAUUUCUCAAAAGAAAUGGAAUGUCCAAAUCCUGUCCCCAUAUUUUCAUUUAUUUCGUUUUUAGCCCUAUAUUUUUCAUCGGUUACUCUGACACUCUCACAAGCCUCUCUGCAAGAAAACUUCAUCGGCUGGAUCAAUGGCAACUCCGACGUGUCUUGUCCGAUCAUGAAGACGACGUUCUUCACGCCCAAAAUAAACGUGUCGGAGUUUGAGGAAGUGCUGGAAUCGACGGCUCAGAAUCUCCGGUACUUGACGAAGUCAAUGCCUAAACCGGAGUUCAUAUUCGAACCCAUGUACGAAACCCAUGUCCGAGCUUCUGUAAUGUGUUCCAAGAAGCUCGGAAUCCAUCUCCGUUUCAGAAGCGGUGGACAUGAUUACGAGGGCUUGUCGUAUGUUUCUCAGAUUGAGGCACCCUUUGUCUUGAUUGACCUGUCGAAGCUCAGACAGAUCUACGUCGAUAUCCAAGAUAAUACCGUUUGGGUUCAAACUGGUGCAACUGUUGGCGAGCUUUAUUACAGGAUCGCGGAGAAGAGCAAGAAGCACGGGUUCCCUGCAGGGUUGUGCUCCAGCCUAGGCAUAGGAGGUCACAUAACCGGCGGAGCAUACGGUUCAAUGAUGAGGAAGUACGGCCUCGGAGCGGAUAACGUUCUCGAUGCCAGGAUCGUCGACGCAAACGGUAACAUCCUCAACAGAGAAUCCAUGGGCGAAGAUCUGUUCUGGGCCAUCAGAGGCGGAGGCGGGGCAAGUUUCGGCAUCAUUCUCGCCUGGAAGAUCAGACUCGUCCCCGUUCCAGAGACCGUCACCGUUUUCACGGUAACCAAAACGUUAGAACAAGACGCUAAAAGGGUUCUUGCCAGGUGGCAGCAAGUGGCAGAUAAGCUCGUCGAGGAGCUGUUCAUCCGAGUCAUCUUCAACGUCGCUGGAACGGGAAACAAGACGGUGACAACCUCGUACAAUGCUCUGUUCCUCGGGAACUCGAGCACUUUGUCAGAUGUAAUGGAGCGGAGUUUUCCGGAGUUGGGUCUAACGAGGCAAGAUUGCAUCGAAAUGAGCUGGAUCGAAUCGAUCGUAUACAUUGCCGGGUUCCCGAGCAAGACUCCUCCCGAGGUUUUGCUUCAAGGGAAGAGUCCUUUCCCGAAGGUUUACUUCCGAGAUCCCUUUCCCGCACAGGAAAGGAGUCAUCUUCAAGAUUCAGUAUGGGACAAGCUGGCGAGACAGCGACAAGAAACCGAGCAGACACAUGGACUGGAUCAGGAGGCUGUACAGUUACAUGACCCCGUACGUCUCGACGCUACCACGCGAAGCGUACGUGAACUAUCGGGACCUGGAUCUCGGCAUGAUGAACAAGAAGGACGAGAAGGCGAGCUUCGUACGGGCUCAGGUCUGGGGGGCAAAGUACUUCAAAGACAAUUUCAACAGAUUGGUCAGAAUCAAGACAACGGUCGAUCCAGACAACUUCUUCAGGCAUGAACAGAGCAUUCCUCCUUUCCCAGUUCGAAGCUAAAC